AUGGCUUUCACCACCAAUGACUCAGAUUUUGCAUAUUUGGAACACAUUCUCUUUGAUGAUUCCAGCAUUCUUACAUCUCAUCAAGCUUUCCCAAGCCCUAAAUGUGGCAGUGAUUCAGACAUUGCUGUAGAGGUGCCUGAAGUAAGCACGCCUCCGAUAUGGAAGCGAUACAAGGGCCUGAGGCGUAGGCCAUGGGGAAAAUUCGCGGCAGAGAUAAGGGAUCCAAAAAAGAAUGGCGCUAGAGUUUGGUUAGGAACUUAUUUAACCGAGGAGGAAGCAGCAUUGGCUUAUGAUAAAGCUGCUUUCAAGAUGCGUGGCCAGAAAGCCAAGCUUAAUUUUCCUCACCUCAUUGGCAACGAUGUGUUCAUAUCGGAGCCAAAGAGGGAGGUGGUUUUGAAAUGGGACUCACCAGAACUUUCCUCGUCUGAGGGAAGUUGUGAGUCGUCGACAUCAGGAUCGAAGAAGAGGAGGGGUAUGGCUGACCUACUUAACAAAUUAGCUAAGAAUAGAAGUCAAGCAAUGGUGGUUGAGAAUGAAAAGUCCUCACAAGCAGAUGAUUUUGAGCAAUGGUUUCCUAAUAUUUUUGCAUUACCCCGUUGA